AUGCCGGAACAGGUGACCAAUCUCCCCCCGACUAGUUUGGAACCUAAUGUUACAUUAUCCACAUCGAAUUACGGAACAAAUUCCGGUAUGACUGAUUCGAUUUCUGCGGUCAGCGCGGUCGGACCACUAACGCUCUCCACCUCAGCACACAUACAUGCCAGUUCCGCAAUGACUCCGUCCACCUCGUCGUCGCUUAUGGUACCCAGUUCGGGAAUACCUCAAACGCUGGAUCAUUGGUCUGCGACCCUACUGGCUGCGCAGGCUUUGGUGAGAACAAAAAAGGUGUUCAUCGGUGGUGUGUCAAGCGGCACAACAGCAGAGGAGCUAGAGGCGUUUUUCAGCGAGUUUGGCAAGGUGAGCCAUUGA